GCAUGCGCAGAGAAGAGGCGGAGACACACAGGGAAAGACCACAGCAACCAAACACUGCUCCUCUUUCAUUCUUACUGGAUAUGCCUUAGCUUUGUUUUCUCUCAUGUGGUAUCAAAGGACGCGCUGGCGGAACCGCCGGCUACAUGGACUGGGUUGAGGUGACUUUAGAUGCGCGCUUGUGCUUUUUAUCUUGCGGUCGAUGGCGCAGAUAAAGAGGAUGCGUGAAAGAACGCAGCCCAGCCCAGUUUUCUUCAAUGCGAUUGAACGGAGCCACACGUUUUCGGAUGAAGAUGAAGUCAGCAUGGUCUAAAUGUUGGUUUCAUCUGGACAGUUUUGCGGACAACCCGAGUCGAUGAAGCAAGUGGAAGCAGCACUAUGCUGAUGAUUGAGCACGGUGCUCAAUGAGAACUAGGAGGAGCACGGCUUCAAUACGAUGGCUGAGGAGACUAACCUAAAGACAGCUAGAUUAUGGAGGGAUGCUGCUUUGCGCUCCAGGAAGCUGAGGAGCAAUCUAAGACAAUUGACUCUCAGUACCAAAAACAGUCAAAAAAUUACUUUACCCGAGGAUAUAAAGGAGAUAGAGGUGCUCAAUCUGGGCAACAACUCCCUUCAGGAGCUUCCAGAGGGACUGGGCUCAACCCUGACUAAGCUUCGCAUUCUCAUCCUUCGCAGGAAUAAGUUUGCCACCGUUCCCUCUGCAGUAUUUCAACUUAAUCAGCUGGUUGAGUUGGAUAUCAGUCACAACUGCUUAAACUACUUUUCAGAAGACAUCGAUCUUCUCAAGGGGCUUAAAAAGUUGUGCUUCAGUCAUAACAAAAUACAAUAUUUGCCAUCUCAGAUUGGGACUUUGCAAAGUCUGGAGGAGCUUGAUAUCAGCUUCAAUGAGCUGCAUGAGUUCCCUAGGUCUUUUUCACAGCUCAGGAAGCUCAGAACACUUGAUGUGGAUCAUAACAAGCUACAGCGGUUCCCUUCUGAAAUCCUCGCCCUCAGUGAUCUUGAGGAGCUUGACUGCUCUGGGAAUAAACUAGAGGGUCUUCCGGGGAACAUCAUGAUGCUCCAAUCCAUUAAAAUCUUGUGGCUCAGCAGUACUCAUCUUUUGUCUUUACCCGAAACGUUUUGCGAGCUGCAGAACUUAGAGAGCCUCAUGCUCGAUAAUAAUUUCCUCACUAGAUUGCCACAAUCAUUUGGGAAACUGCAGAAGCUGAAAAUGCUCAAUCUUUCCUCAAACUCUUUUGAAGAGUUUCCUCAGGUUAUUAUCAAGCUCACCAGUUUGGAGGAGUUGUAUUUAAGCCGGAAUAAACUAACGUUCCUCCCUGAGGAGGUAGGACAGCUGUGCAAUCUUGCUAAUUUGUGGUUGGACAAUAAUAGCAUAACAUUUCUACCAGACUCUAUUGUAGAGCUAGGGAAAUUGGAGGAGCUGGUUUUACAGGGUAACCAAAUCGCCAUACUCCCAGACAAUUUUGGUAAACUUGCCAAAGUCAACAUUUGGAAGGUGAAGGAUAAUCCACUCAUUCAGCCUCCGUAUGAAGUGUGCAUGAAAGGGAUCCCCUAUAUAGCCGCUUAUCAGAAGGAGCUUGCACACUCUCAAAUUGCUAUAAAACCCAGACUCAAACUGGUUUUGAUGGGCCAGGGAAAUGCAGGUAAAACCACUCUCAGGCAGUGUAUUGUCAGCAAACAAUCAGACACCAAGAUGGCGAUUGGAUGUAGGGGUAUUGACGUGACAAACUGGGUCGCGGAUGCAGAACGAAGUCUUACAUUUAUUGUAUAUGAUUUAUCAGGUAAGCAGAACUAUGAUCUUAUUAAACCCUUUUUUCUCUCACCUGGAGCGCUUUAUGUUUUGGUGGUGAACCUGAAAUUGUAUACAUCAAAGAGCUUCUACUCCCAUGUCGGCAGCUUCCUCCACCUGCUCAGUGCCAAGGUGCCACACGCAGUUGUGUGCAUCGUAGGGACCCACAGUGACUUGUGUGAAGAGGUUGAGGUUGAAGAAAAGUGCCUGGAUAUUCAUAGGCAGAUUUCGUUCCAGGAAAAAAUGGACAUUGAUUGCCUACACGUGCUUGCCCUGCAGGUAGAUGAAGCCCUUGAGCAAGGUUAUGAUGUUCGGACUUCCAGCCCCCAUGUUCUUUUUUAUGGGGUCACAGAUAAAAACUUGAGACGUAAAAAGUCCCAGUUGCAAUAUAUGCUCAACAAUCGACUACAAAUCCUGUCUCCGGUGAUUGGUGUCAGCUGCGUUGCGGCACAAAGAAACAUCCAGCAUUUAAAAGAGAAGCUUAUGUCUGUCGCAGACCACAGGGAGAUUUUCCCCAAUCUUCACAGAGUCCUGCCAAAGUCAUGGCAGAUGCUUGAGGAGCUGCAUUUUAAGCCACAGGAUUUAUGGCUUUCCUGGUGGGAUUCUGCCAGGUUAGGCCUUCAGGCUGGGCUGACAGAAGACCGCCUGCAAAGUGCGCUCUCUUACCUGCAUGAGAGUGGUAAACUACUGUACUUUGAAGACAGCACAACGUUGAAGGAAUAUGUCUUCCACAAUCUACCCCGCUUCAUCGCCAUCUUGAAUGUGUUUUUCCAGAGAGACCUUCCUACGAUGCUUGAGAAGCUACAGGCUGAAGCAGAUGAUGGAGAUAAUGCAGUAUCUACUCAGAUGCACAGUCAUGUGGAGGGUUUUCUGUCACAUGGUCUGUUGCCGUCAAAUGUCAUCCGCUUGCUGCUUAAACCCCUGGUGCAGACACAGCAGGACUUACACCUGAUCAUGGAAUUGCUAGAAAAGAUGGGCGUUUGCUACUGUGUCAACAAACCUCGCUGCAAGCCACUUAAUGGGGCCACCGUCUGGUAUAAGUUUCCCAGUCAGGACAGCAACGAAGAGCCCAAACCUGAGGCCUUGGCCAGUGGGUGCUCAUCGAUCCCUGGUCAGUUUUUCUCAGUUGAGCAGCUGCAGAUUGAAUACAGGUUUCCUUUCUUCACCCCUCUUGGACUUUUUGCACGGUUUAGUGUGCAAAUCAACAGCCAUGUGGUGCAACGGUCUGAUGGAAAGCAUCACAUCUUUGCCUACCGAGGUAAAGUGCCUGUGACUGUGAGUUACCGGUCCUCUCGGAGCAGAUUCCAGCCUGAGAUCCUCUCCAUAUCCAGCCAUGCAUCCUUGCCAAAUAUCUGGACAGCUUGGCAAGCCAUUAUUCCCCUAGUGGAAGAGUUAAACGUUCUUCUGCAGGAAUGGCCUGGCCUUCACUACUCUGUGCAUGUCCUGUGUUCCAAGUGCCUGAAGAGAGGGUCCCCCUAUCCUCAUUCCUUUCCAGGAGAGCUGUUAAGCCAGCCUCGACCUGAGGGACUCACUGAGAUCAUCUGCCCCAAGAACGGCUCAGAGCGGGUCAAUGUGGCGCUAGUUUACCCUCCAACCCCGACUGUAAUCAGCCCCAGUCAUAAAUGACUCUUGACUUCACUGCACUUUCCUGUCUCCAAAAACCACUGCACCACUUUCCACUUUAUAUUACAUUACACAUGUGCACACACGCAGAAAUAUGCAUGUGUUUGUGUGCGCAAAGGUUUGACCUCUGCUCUGAUGGACCACUGGAUGCUCCACCAAGAAAGUUCACAAUGGAAGCUUGGCCAUUAUACCAGGACAUACUUGCUAUAGAUGUUCAGCUCUGACUGCCAACAAACAACGAACUGAAAGUAUUAGAAACUGUUGCCCUGACAUACUAUUUAUGUCAAUGUACAUCUGAAGCUUUUUCGGUCACCCUGAGAUUUCCUGCAAAGCCUUUCAGUUCAGUGUUCUGCAAGUUCUGGAAUCUCACAUAUAUUGCAUACAUUGGAGUGAACUGGAGUGGUUCGGCAGACUGAAUAUGGACAAGAAUGGACCGUUUUCCUCAGACAUAAGACAGACUUUGAUUAUCAAGGUUAGAUUGAUGAUUUGAGCGAGAUUGUACUUGAAAUGCAUGCCUCUGCAAUGUAAAAGGAUCUUUAAAUGACAUAUAAAUGGGUAAAUGCACCUAGCGCAAGCCUUUUGAGAGGUUGAAUGUGAAAGGACACAACUAUUUACUGGUUUUCAGCUCACUUUUUUUGGGGGGGGGGGGACAAAAAGAGAAGGCGUUUCAAGUGAUUUUAGUGAUAAGUGUCGCCAAAGAUGCAGUCUUUCUAUUUCUCUGUCUGUCGUUCUUUGUUUCUAUGCAUAAUUUUAUACCCACACACACACACACUUCAGUGCUUAUACAGAAACAAAGUGUACUUCAUAGCAUGAAGGAUUUCAUUUCAAGCAUGUAAACAUAAAUAUCAACCGUCUAGAAAAUAUCGACACAAUCUUUCUUGCACAUCUUCACAGUUUUACCGCUGGAUGCAGUUUUUGAUGCAGAAUUACUGAUGUAGAGAUGUACAGAAAUGGUAAAAGUCCAAUAAUUCAGCCAAGGAUGUCUUUUCACUUAUCUGCUCAACUGUAAAGUUCUUUGUUUUAUAUAUUAAAUUCACUGGAAAUGUUCUUUAAAAGCAGUGUCCAUAUUGUACAUAUUUGUGUAAAAUGUUCACAGGAUAAACAAGUAAUACUUUUAUAUAUAUAUAGAAUUGAUCCAUACUUCUAUUGUGCAUUGUUUCAAUGUUACUUUUUGGAGAAGGGAGAAUCUGCAAUACGCGUAAUGUUUAUUGUGAACAGCGGAUGAACUUUUGUACAUAAUAUUUUAUUUUUGUAAGCAAAUAAGCUGUCACUAGUAUCCCACGUUGUUUACUGUGCAUUGUGCAUGGCUGCUGUGCUCAAUGUCAAAGUCACAAACUGUUUUAUAAGUCAUAAAGAUGAUAUUCUUUCUCAUUAGGACCACAAGAAACACCAAAUAUAAAGGCUGGUUUCCACACUGUU